CCAAUCAAGGUACAGUGCUUUGCCUGCAUGAGUAGAUCCCCAGGAGCAGAGUCCCAUCCCUCUUCUGUGAAGCUGCAGAGCACCAAGAUCCUCCCAUGCUGCAGGGCACAGGGUGACACAGCCAGGCACUAACGCUUUGUCCCGUGGUAGCCGCUCUCCUCUUCCUCUGAAGGAGACAGGUCCCGUGUGGCUGCGAGCUGUCUUCCUGCACACAGAGCACGAGCAGAGGAAGUCGAAGACGGUCACACAAGCCGACAUGAAGGUGGAGCUCCUCCCGGCUCUCACAGACAACUACAUGUACCUCCUCAUCGAUGAGGAGACGAAGGAGGCCGCAAUAGUUGAUCCCGUGCAGCCCCAGAAGGUUUUGGAUGCAGUCAAAAAGCAUGGCGUGAAGCUGACCACUGUCCUGACCACACACCAUCACUGGGACCAUGCUGGAGGAAACGAGAAGCUCGUUAAGAUGGAGACGGGGUUGCGUGUGUAUGGCGGGGACAGCAGAGUUGGAGCACUGACACAGAAGGUGUCUCACCUGACGACGCUCAAGGUGGGAUCUCUUAAUGUGAAAUGCCUCUGUACGCCGUGUCACACUUCUGGACACAUCUGUUAUUAUGUGACUAAGCCAAAUAGCUCCGAGCCACCUGCUGUUUUUACAGGUGACACGCUGUUCGUGGCUGGCUGUGGGAAAUUCUUCGAAGGAACCCCAGAGGAAAUGUACAGAGCGCUGAUUGAGAUUCUGGGCAGCUUGGAGCCUGAAACGAGAGUUUACUGUGGUCAUGAAUACACUAUCAACAAUCUCAAAUUUGCUCGGCAUGUUGAACCCAAUAAUGUAACUAUCCAGGAGAAGCUCGCUUGGGCCAAGGCCAAGUACGACAGCGGCGAGCCAACCAUACCCUCCACCAUUGCAGAGGAGUUCACGUACAACCCCUUCAUGCGAGUGAGGGAGAAGACAGUUCAGCAGCACGCCGGUGAGACGGAUCCUAUCCGAACAAUGGGAGCCAUCAGAAAAGAGAAGGAUAACUUCAGGGUCCCGAAGGACUGAGCACUCUGCCUAGGUCACUUUACUGUCAGUUUCAUAGCAACGUAGAUUAUUCAGAUGUCUUAGGAAUUGAACGUUCUGUUGUGGUCGAGACAGUCUUAUUUAGGUUUUUAUUUUGUUUUGAUUGAGGAAAAAAAAAAGCACUUUGCCCUUGUUGAGAUACUCUACAGCAUAUUUAUAUUGAAGAAUAUUUAUCCCUUUAUUGCUGGCUCUCAAACUGUCACAUGUCACACGCAGAUCAUUUUACAAGCGUUGGUACAUAGCUCAGAGGCUGGGGUAGGGAAGGGCCAAGCCUUGAGGCCUAGGAAAAAAACUCCUGUUAUUUUUGUAGGCGCCUAAUGUGAAUGCAGACAGUGGGAUUGGGGCUGUUUUACAUGAAGGUAUUCGGUCUCUGUUUAAAACGGGCAAAAUGCAGCUAACUGCAUUGCCAUCUGAAGACAGAAACUUUUCUUCCAUGCUGCUACUUAAACUAUUCUAAGUCUGUCACUUCUGGCUCUGCUAAAACCACUCUCAGUGACAGACCUGCUCUGCUGCAGCCAGUUUAGGGCAUGGUUUGUAAAAUAUGCUGUGGCCUGACUCUUCAAAUGGCACGCUGGGACUGUCCAGCUGUUUUGCAGGGAUCUUCUCUUCUCUUUGACAUUCCUUGUCACGGAUCGCAGUAACUUUUCCAGGCAGCAGCAUGCUGCCUCAGAGAUUGCACUGUUGCUCAUGCCCUUUCCCUGUUAACGUAAGCCUGCUUGCAUGCACCUGCUUACUGCUCGUGGGUGUGAUCUGUGUGUUACUUGUGUUAGUACCACAAAAACAAAGAAGGAAUUUGCUGUUCCCUGAGAAGAAAGAACCUACCUAGUGUAUAAGUGUCUUACAGGCUUGGCAUCUGUCUUUAAUGCAUCUUCCUCCCAGGUAUAUUAAGUUCCUCGUUUCUUGAUCUCAGUUGCAUGCUGCGGAUCUGC